CGCAGUUGUUCCCCAUCCAGUCCGGUGCAGUGUUUGCAAACACCUUGAACGCGAGCGAGAGAAGAAGGAGGGGGACUGACUGACUGACGGACGGAGCGCUCGGCUCGGCUCUGCUGCUCCCGCUGCUGAAAACAAGAGCUUUGGGGACCACUCUUAUUGCUUUCCCACUGGGUGUUUUUUCUACCUAACAGACACAUUCAACAGCAGCUAUUUUUAUUUUUAAGACAACCUCUUUGGGGAAAAAAAAUGGAUGUUCUACCCAUGUGCAGCAUCUUUCAAGAACUUCAAAUAGUUCACGACACGGGCUAUUUCUCAGCCUUACCGUCACUGGAGGAGUACUGGCAGCAGACAUGCUUGGAGUUGGAGCGCUAUCUACAGAGCGAGCCUUACGUCUCCACAUCCGACCUCAAGUUCGAUGGCCAGGAGGACCUCUGGAGCAAGUUGAUCUUGGCCUGCGGGGACAAGGCCAAGGCCGAGUCUGACCCAAAAUUGCCCCCGGCCCACGAGGAGGACAAUCAGGACAGCCAAAUCUUGGACACCAACAGUGUGAAUUCUGAUGCCAGCAGCGAAGCUUCAGACAGUUCUGAGGAGCUCUCGCCCACGCACAGCUUUACCUCCAACCCUCUGGGCUCUGUCUUGGUUGGCUCUGGACCUUUUAGCCCCUCUGUCAUAAGCACUCCCCCAUCCUCUCCGGAAGCCAACGUGACAAACGGCUGGGUCGCGGCGCACGCCGGGUUGCACUUGCCGGUUAAAAUCAGGAGCGGUGGGGUGGCAAAGACUACAGAAAAGACGGGACUCAUCUGCGGGGACGCGUCUCCGGACGGCAGGAGGCGAGUACAUAGGUGUCACUUCAACGGGUGUCGCAAGGUUUACACGAAGAGCUCCCACUUAAAAGCACACCAGCGCACUCAUACAGGUGAGAAACCUUACAGGUGUUCAUGGGAGGGCUGCGAGUGGCGUUUUGCACGAAGCGACGAGUUGACCAGACACUUCAGGAAGCACACUGGGGCAAAGCCAUUUAAAUGCAGUCACUGUGACAGAUGUUUCUCCAGGUCUGACCAUCUGGCUCUUCACAUGAAGAGACACAUCUAGAGCAGGGCAAGCUCCAACCAAGCAACGCAGCGAAGGGGGAGAGUUUCAAAAGAGGAGGAAAAAAAAAAAGAAAAACAAAUGCCGUCUCCCGACCAGUCUCUCGGUUGAACUGUCCCAGAGCAGAGUCGUGGGAGUGUGUUCCAGCCAAAGCAUGCCGUUUUGCACCAUACUGAAACCCAGUGCCUCCGGGACCUCUCUUUGGAGAAAGGCGCUCUGAAGGUUGUCUGUUGCAACAAGAGGACAAAAUCAUGGAUGGGGAAGAAAAUCGUUUUUUUCUGAUUGAGAAGGACUUACAACACACACAAAAAAAAGAAAAAAAAAAGAUAAAAGACACAAACAAAAAGAGUGAAUGAUUUGUAUGUGUGGUGCAUGAUGUUUUGGGGGACAUCUCCCGGACAGCAGAUACACUGGUACUUUACAAAACUGUCUGAGGUAAGCAUGUGUGCACUGUGAAUGUCUGAGAUUGGCUAACCGGUCCCCUGGGAAGAGAGAGGAGUUUUUUUUGGGAGAUGGAUUGAUGGAUGGUGCGGGGCUGGUACCAAUGUUGCUGUGGACUGAAUGGGUUUCUGGGGGGAAACAUUCCAUUAGUGUUUCCCCGGUGGCAGCGUGAGGACGGGGCCAGGGAUGGAAGUUCCUGCCUGUCUGUCUGGCACCCAGACCUGGGGGGGUCUCCGAAGCUUUUGAGGCCUUGGGUUUGACCAACAAGAGAAGGUGUCCGCCUUCUGGUCAGCGACCCAGGGACCAAAACUCCCCCCCUUUGGUCACUGUAUGACAGGAGCUUUUUUUGGUGUUUUUGGUGCAGCUACUAAAUGUGCAAUGUGUUAUGUAGCCUGGUUUAUUAUUUUUUUACAAGCUACAAAGCUCAUUUGUAGUCCAAUUGUAUAAGCUGUGUGCUUAGAGGUAUAACACAACUAUACUAUAACUUCAGUAUCAUAGACAGGUGUUGCAUGGUUCUAGGGUUUGUUCAUUUCAUGUUUCCACUGUAAUCAGGACUGCAAAUAGUUUCAAUAAAAGUGCAGCUAAAGUGCGAACGGUUAAAUGUUA